UACUAUGGUGACCCGAAUAUCCGGGAAAUUCCAUAUAAUUGUGUAACUGUCAGGCAUAUAAAUGGCUGUGCACACACACAGAUACUUGACACACUGUAGAGGCAGCAAAUGCACCUUCCUCACGGUAUUUUGCUAAGGAGCAAACUUACCUCCUUUACUUCAGAAGGGCAACGACAAGAUGAGAGGCUACUUCACAGUGGCGCCGUUGUACACGUUGGUGUGUUUGUUGUCUGACACAUUCAAUUCAGUUAUUUGCGACAGCCUCCAUUGUUAUCUGAUGUGGCACAUGCAGUCAAUACAGGCAUCUGAAGAGCACCUUGUAAAACAGGGUUCAUUGAUGAAUAAUGGUUGUUCUCCAUUUCUGUUAUGCCAAGGGACAAAGGAAUCAACAUCUUUAAAUGAACAUCAUGUGGUUCACAUUGGGGACAAUGUUACACUGAGUUGUGCUUUCCAUAAAUGCCUAAAGCCGGAGUACUUCUGGAAAGCAGCCAUGGACAAAACAUUUCCAAAUCCACAUGGGACAGCUAACAAUACCUUUUCAGUAAAACUAGACGAUGAAAAUGAUAUCAUCUGUGAGGAACGCUGUGACAGUGAUCGCAAUGAGAAACUCUUCAAAAUAUUUCCUUAUUCUUUUCCUAGUGAUCCAGUGAUAACGUUGAAGAAUGCUACUUUAUCUAAUAGGACAACCACCAUCAUAUGUGAAGUUGCCAGUGUCUACCCCUGUGAGCGAAUGACUAUAACACUGACUAAAGAUGGAAAAGAUCUCGACCUCACAUCUUGUAGUGAUUCUGUAGAUAAUAAACCAGUAACAAUGAGUUCUAAAUAUGACAUUGUACUAACUUCUGAAGACGAUAAAAAAAAUAUCACCUGUGUGGCCUCCUUCAAUUUACAGGAUAAAAAUCGAGGUAGAAUAGAAAAAAUAUCUACACUGACUCUGGAACUCUAUGAACUUUCAAAAACCAGUACAGAGUCUCCUUCAAAAACUGAAAAUGGAAACGGUGCAGGUUUUCCAACAAACAGUACAGCAUCUUCUUUGACACCUGGAAAAGAAGAUGGUGCAGGUUUUCUAACAAACAGUACAGCAUCUUCUUCGACACCUGGAAAUGAAGAUGGUGCAGAUUUUCCAACAAACAGUACAGCAUAUUUUUCAACAUCUGGAAAUGGAGAAGGUAUGAAGCGCCUUUAUUUGGGACUGUCAUCAUUAUGUGCUGUUCCUGUUACUGCUCUUGCAGUCAUCGCAGUUAAACGGUUCAGACGUUUGAAAGAUAAAACAUUACCAGAAUGCAAGCUGGCAGCCUAAUCAACUGCCUCUGAAGCAGCUUUUCACCACAGAUAUACCACCUGAGAAUCAAACAUAACUUUUUGCUCUCAAAAUCAAAGAAUCUAUAUGAACUCCAAUUACUCAAAGUAGAUUCUGUUUCUUUAAGGAUUCCACAGAUUUUACAAAUGGAAAAUAAGCCGACAGCUUCACCUGAUUCAAAAUAUGAUGACAGAGUAAAUAGAACAUCAUUUUCUGGCAAAAACUGUAUCAGAGUCUAUAUUCAAGAAAGAUUAUGGUUAAUCAACUGGAAUAAACAAACAAAAUUGA